AUGGACACAACCACUUCUUCAACUUUUUCCACAUCAUCUUUGGAUUCCACCACUCCUCCAACUUACCUCACCUCAACUACCACCACUGAGGAAUCCAGCUCCUCUACUGACUCAAGUUCUUCCACAGGCUCAGAAACCUCUUCAACAUACACUAACCCUUCUUCAGGUUACUCCUCAUCCAGCUCCUCUUUGGACUCCAGCACCAGUGAUGAAACAACUACAUCUCCAAUCUACUCCAGCUCUUCCACAGACUCUCCAACUUACUCCAGCUCCUCUAUGGAAUCAACUACCUCUUCAAGUACGGACACAACCCCUUCUUCAAGCUUUUCCACAUCAUCCUUGGAUUCCACCACUUCUCCAACUGACAUCACCUCAACUACCACCACUGAGGACUCCAGCUCCUCUACUUACUCAAGCUCUUCCGUGGGCUUAGAAACCUCUUCAACUUACACCAGCUCUUCUUCAGGCUACUCCUCGUCCAGCUCCUCUUUGGAGCCCACCAUUUCUUCUACUUUCCCAAGCUCCUCUAUGGAUUCAACCACGUCCCCCUUCCAAUCGACCACUUCUCCAACUGAUUCCUCUGUGGAUUCGACUACCUCACCAGGCUCCAGCACCACUGAGGAAACCACCACGUCUACUUACUCGAGCUCUUCCAUAGAAACCUCUUCAACGUACACCAGCUCUUCUCCAGGCUACUCCUCAUCCAGCUCCUCUUUGGAGCUUCUACUUUCCCAAGCUCCUCUAUGGAUUCAACCACAUCCUCCUUCCAAUCGACCACUUCUCCAACUGAUUCCUCUUUGGAUUCAACUACUUCGCUUAGCUCCAGCACCACUUUUCCACAGACUCUCCAACUUACUUUACCACAACAUCCUUGGAUUCCACCACUUCUCCAACUUACCACCCUCAACUACCACCACUGACGAUUCCACCUCCUCUACUUACUCAAGCUCUCCCACAGAAACCUCUUCAACUUACACCAGCUCCUCUCUGGAGCCCACCAUUUCUUCUACUUUUCCAAGCUCCUCCAUGGAUUCAACCUUCCACUCCAGCACCAGUGAGGAAACAACUACAUCUUCAGUCUACUCCAGCUCUUCCACAGACUCUCCAACUGACUCCAGCUCCUCUAUGGAAUCAACUACCUCUUCAAGGACGGACACAACCACUUCUUCAAGCUCUUCCACAUCAUCCUUGGAUUCGACCACUUCUCCAACUUACCUCACCUCAACUACCACUACUGAGGACUCCACCUCCUCUACUUACUCACACUCUUCCAUAGAAACCUCUUUAACUUCUACCAGCUCUUCUUCAGGCUACUCCUCAUCCAGCUCCUCUUUGGAGCCCAUCAGUUCUUCUACUAUCCCAAGCUCCUCUAUGGAUUCAACCAUGUCCUCCUUCCAAUCGACCACUUCUCCAACUGAUUCCUCUGUGGAUUCAAGUACUCCAGCUAGCUCCAGCACCAGCUACUCUUCAUCCAGCUCAUCUUUGGAGCCCACCAGUUCUACCUUGCCAAGCUCCUCUAUGGAUUCAACCACGCCCUACGUCCCCACAACCAGUUCUCACACUGAUUCCUCUGUGGAUUCAACUACUCCAACUAGCUCCAGCACCAGUGAGGAAACAACCACCUCUUCUGUGGAUUCAACCACUUCACCUAGCUCCAGCACCAACUUCCCCACAAAUCCUCUUGGAUCCCCCUUAUUCGCCAAACUCUUCAGGAUACACACCUGCAUACCAAUAUCACACCUCUCAACUACCCAUUUCACUACUCCCCCGUUAACACCACUCCAUCUAUCAUCUCUUCCAAAUGCCACCACUUUUCAACCUUUCACCAAUCCUGGACCAUCUCAACUGACCAAUCAUUCCAACUUCAACAUCAUCUUUCAUCACCACUCCUCUUACUCAACCUCUACUGACCACCACUUCAGCUCCUCUUAUCAACCACUCCUCUUCGACCACCAUUCUCAACUCCUCUUGGAUCACACCCUUCUCCGGUACCUCUCAAUCUCUUGGCCCACUUCUCCUAUCCCUGGAUUAACCACUCUCCUUAACAAUCACCUUUCCACAUUCCAACUCUCAGUCACACAUCACUUACUUCACACCAAAACACACUCUCCCAAACUCCACUCCCACUUCUCCCUCUCAAUCCUCUCAUCACCCUCUCAAUCAACUACCUCCAACCUUGGAGCCACAACCUCUUCCUCAAGCUUUCCAUCAUCCUGA